AUGGGCAGCUUGGCAGAUGUUCCAUCGGAAAAGAAAGAAAUAGUUCGUGAAAUUCGUCAGCUGGCAAGUCUUGGGGUUCGUGUAGCCGAAUCUGGGGAUACUGGAAUUUCUGUUCGUGAAGUUGCUGAAUCUUCUAUUUUGGAGGAAAUAAAGCGCCGCCAAUAUGAAGAUCCCCGCUCGGCGCAUUACGGAGACACAAAUGAAACGGAGAUUCCGACGUGGAAGUGGGAAAUAAUUAAUAUGGAUUUCAUACGGUGUGACACAUUACAAAACUAUGUUCUGCCUAUUGAAGCUCAUUCAAAGGCUUUUGUUUGUAAUUUGGUUAUUAAUAAAGUUGUUGUUGAUGGUUAUGGUGUUGCUCUUUGUGUCGUCAAUAAAAUCAAACAGGAUGUUAUACCAAACCUGGGAUCUGAUCAUAAUCCGAUCAUGCUAACAUGCGAAGAUUGGUCCUUUAAGAAAACUUAUUUCAAGUUUGAAAAUUGGUGUUUGAAGGUGGAUGGUUUGAGAAGCAAAGUGCAGGAAUGGUGGAGCUCCUUUGAUGUUACAGGAAGACCAGACUACAAGUUAGCUGCAAAGUUAAACCUGUUAAAAGGAAAACUUAAAGAAUGGAGCAAGGAGAAUAAGGGAAACUGGAGGGAAAGAAAAGACAAAAUACUGGAACAAGUUGGCAGCCUAGAAGUUAUUCAAGAACAAAGACCUCUGACUGAAGACGAGCAAUUGCAGAAGGCUCAGUUGGCUAUGGAGUAUGAAGAAGUGGCUAGAAAUGAAGAGAUAGCAUGGAGACAAAGAUCUAGAGGGCAAUGGAUCAAGAGUGGAGACAAAAACACAAAGUAUUUUCACAGGAUGGCCACAGCUCACAAAAGAUUUAACACUAUUGACACUUUAAUGGUUGAUGGAGUUCGCUCCUCUGAACCUAUGGAUAUUCAGAAUGCAAUUCUAGAAUUCUAUGAGAACCUUUACAGUGAGACAGAAGCAUGGAGACCAAACUUGAACAUUCAAGGUGUCCAAAGCAUUACUGGAGAAGAGCAAAUAUGGAUGUCAAGGCAAUUUGAAGAAGAUGAAGUAUGGGAAGGGAUCAAACUAUGUUUGAAAAAAAGUUUCAAUGCCACCUUUGUGGCCUUGAUCCCAAAGAAGGUGGGUGCAACUGAACUAAGGGACUUUAGGCCCAUUAGUUUGAUCACUGGUGUGUACAAAAUAAUUUCCAAAGUGCUGGCAGAAAGGUUAAAGAGAGUGGUGAGCAAGUUAGUCAAUAAGCACCAAAUGGCAUUCAUAAAGGGGAGGCAAAUUAUGGAUGCUGCUUUAAUAGCAAGGGAGUGUAUUGACACCAGACUUAGAGGAGAAGAGCCAGGAGUGAUGUGCAAGCUGGAUAUUGAAAAAGCCUAUGACCAUUUGAACUGGAAUUUUCUUAUCAACACUCUUAAGACAAAUGGGAAAGGGGGGCUCAGGCAGGGGGACCUUUUAUCCCCUUUCCUUUUCAUUAUAGCUAUGGAAGGCUUGGACAGCAUGAUGAGAAUUGCUUCUCAAAAUAGCUGGAUCAGAGGAUUUAAUGUGAGAAAUAGGGCUAAUGAGGCUAUGGAAAUCUCCCAUCUACUGUAUGCUGAUGAUACAGUAGUUUUUUGUGAGGCAAAUCAGGAACAGAUCUGCCAUUUGAGGGUGAUACUAGUGGUUUUUGAAGCAUGUUCUGGGCUGAAAGUCAACUGGAGGAAGAGCAGUAUAUUCCCAGUCAAGGAGGUGCAGCAGAUCCAAGUGCUUGCAAGUAUUUUGAAUUGCAAGAUUGAGAAUCUGCCUACUGUUUAUCUUGGAAUGCCUUUGGGAUCAAUGCAUAAAGCAGUGAAAAUCUGGGAUGGCAUCAUAGAGAAGACUGAAAAGAAACUAGCUCUAUGGAAAUCUCAAUACCUAUCCUUGGGAGGAAGACUCAUCUUAAUCAACUCAGUCUUGGACUCCUUGCCAACAUAUGUGAUGUCCUUAUUUCCUAUACCAAGCAAGGAAGAUCAGGCACUAUGGAAAGAGGUAAUUCAACAUAAGUAUAGCCAAAAUGGGAAAUGGUGUACAAAUGAGGUGACAAAUACCUAUGGUGUGGGGGUAUGGAGGACCAUUAGAGCUUUCUGGCUGGCUCUGAAGGCAAAUGUUAACUACAAGGUGGGUAGGGGUGACAAGAUUCUUUUCUGGAAGGAAAAUUGGAGUGGACAGGGGACAUUACAAUUACUGUUUCCUAGCUUAUUUUCUAUAAGCACAAUUCCAGAUAGUACAAUAGAGGAGAUGUGGUCUCCCCAAGGCUGGAAUUUGGUUUUCAGAAGACUUCUAAAUGAUUGGGAAAUAGCAUGGGUAGCAGAACUAUUGUCAGUAAUUGGUGGAUUUCAAGGAACUAAUUUUGAGCCAGAUAAAUUGACAUGGAAGCAUAAUCAAGAUGGACUGUUCUCUGUGAACAGAUUGUACAACAAGGGUUUGACUGAAAUUUCAGGGAGGACACCAGGACCUUGGAAAUCCAUUUGGAAGAGUGUGGCACCAACUAAGAAAAGAGGAAUAAACAUUGCUUCAAGAUGCACAUUAUGCAAGGAGGCCUUAGAGACAAACAAACACCUUUUCCUUCAUUGUAAAGUUACGGCACAAGUCUGGGCAUUGUUCAUUAAUUUGGCUAAGGUGAACUGGACUAUGCCUGAACACACUGCAGACCUUCUAAGCUGUUGGAUAAGAAGGGGAGGGAGCAAGAGUCAGAAGAUUUGGUGGAAAACAGUUCCUGCCUGCAUCUGGUGGAACAUUUGGAAGGAAAGAAACGACAGAAUUUUUGAAGGCAGAGAAAGUUCAUUGCAGAAGAUCCAAUGGAAGGUUAUGUUAUCUGCUUUUGAUUCUGAUGCAUCUCUUGAUAUCCUGGACCAUCCUAUCCUAAAUCUGAUAUUCCUACCUGCUGGUAGAAAUUCUUCCUUCAGCUCUUGUGCUCUACAUCCUGUGAAAGUUGCCUGCAAAAAGUGUAUUUGCACAAUACCAUCCAGCCAGUUAGCUGCAGCAGACUUUUAUCGCCGGUCUUACUACACUUUCCCAUGUUUGCCCCUGCAGAAGCUAAGUUGA